AUGUCAUCAGAUACAAAGCCGACUAUUAUUCUCGUCCAUGGCGCAUGGCAUGGCUCGUGGUGCUGGAAAUUCCAAAUUCCCGAACUCGAAGCUCUCGGCUAUGUUGUGGAGACUGUAGACUUACCAUGCGUCAGUGGGGUAGUUGGUACGACCCAAUUCGACGACGCUGCCCAGGUACGGUCCGUUGUGGAAUCGCAGACUGCUAUGAGUAAGCGCGUCGUUCUCCUGGCGCAUUCCUAUGGAGGACCAAUUGCCAGCGCUGCUAUCAAGGGGCUGUCCGAAAAGGGCGUGCUAGGAAUGAUUGCUCUAUCUGCUUUUAUCUUUCCUGGGGGCAUGGACCAAGGCGCAGUCAUUCGCAACAUUGGCGGGCUACCCUACGUCACGUGGGACGUGCCGAGUGAAGGUCUUUUCCAAACGAAAGACCCUCGCAGCUUGUUCUUCCCCCCAGAUGCACCAUCAGAUCGGAUAGAAUGGGCAGUACCGCAGCUUCGUCCUCAGAGCAUGGCUGCCAACAUGGGCAUUGUCCCUCCUCAAGCCUGGCAGGAUGACUCUUAUACUGGGAGAUUGGGCUAUAUUAGGUGCACAGCCGAUGUCGUCAUUCCUCUGGAACAACAGGAUACCAUGAUAGCAGGCGCAGGCAGCCAGGGUAAAUGGGUAGUUCGCACUCUUGAAGGAUCCGGCCACAGCCCCUUCCUGUCGCGCCCACAUGAAGUAGCAGCUGCACUUGAUGAGAUCAUCAAUGAUUUUGAAGCCAAGCUAUAA